AUGUUUAGUGAAUGGGUGAAGCUCCAAAACUUCUAUAAGGGUCUAUCCAUGAAAGCAAGAAAGGCUUUGGACUACUCUUUAGGAGGGUCCCUUCAGAUGAUGAAAACUUCACAAGAGGCACAUGCUCUCAUAGACAUGGUGGCCAACAAUCAAUAUUUCUACUCCUCUAAAAGACAAGCAGUCCCAAAGAGAGGUGUCUAUGAACUUGAAGGUGUGGAUGCCAUCUUGGCACAAAACAAGCUAAUGCACCAGCAACUUCAACAACAGAUAGAGAUGAUGUCAAAGAGGAUGGACGGAUUACAAUUAGCUGUAGUGAGCACAACCAGCCAACCACCAACUAUUUGGGGACAACAUGAAGAAAGCUAUGAGGUGUGCAACAAUGAGCAGCAACUUGAACAAGUCCACUAUAUGCACAAUCCAAGUUCUGGCCAAAAUGACUUCCAUGGGGACACAUACAACCCCUCAUGGAAGAACCACCCUAACUUGAGAUGGCGAGAAAACCAGAACCAGUGGCAGAGGAACUCUAACCCCAACAAUUUUCGAAAUACAAGCAAUCAGAACCACCAUCCCACUAACAACAACCCAUAUAGAAAACCCCAAAAUAAUAACCCCACAUCCACAUACUACCCAUAA